UAUGAAUGCAAUUGAGCUACCACAACUGAGUUCCUUGUCACUGUUGAAUAUGCCAAAGCUGAAGCGUCUCUGUCCUGCUUUAGAUUCAGAGAGUAAUUGUGAUCCCAUCAUUCAACCCCUCUUCAACGACAAGGAUAAAUUGGCUACCAUUGAAGAAUUGACCAUCUCUGGCAUGGAGAAUCUUACGGAAAUUUGGCCUGGGGAACUUGAAGCUAAACUAAGAAAGAUGACAGUUGAAUUCAAUAAUGGGCUCUCAAGUAUUCUUUUCCCAUCCAAUUCAAUUAAGGGCAUGCAAAAUCUUGAAGUACUUGAAGUGAAGGACUGUCGAUCAAUUGGAGUAGCCUUUGACCUUAAAGGACUUGUUUGGGAAGGCAUAUUAGAUAUGGCACUCCCUUCAUUAAAAAAUGUGAAACUAAGUUGUCUGCCAAAGUUGACACAUGUUUGGAAGGACAAUUCACCAGGAAUUCAAGGCUUUCAGAAUCUAAGAUCCUUAGUAGUAAAUGAGUGCAACAGUUUGAGAAAUCUAUUCUGAUACUCUCUAGCCAAAUUUCUUGUAAAACUACAAGAAAUAGAGGUAAAUGACUGUGGUAUGAUAGAAUCAAUCAUUGGAAAUGAACCAAAUGCAGAUGAUGCAGUGAUAACAAAUAUGAUCAUGUUCCCUCAACUGAGUAGUCUCAAACUCGGUGAUUUGCCAAACCUUAGAAGGUUCUGCUCUGAGACUUGUACAUUUGAGGGAUCGUUGUUGAAAAUAAUAAAAGUAAUCAAUUGUCCCAAAAUGAAGAUACUCCCAUCAGUAUUUCAGCGCAAGCUAGACCAACAAAGGGCAGACUUUUCAACCUCAUCUCAACACCAUCUCUUGGAUGGAAAGUUUAUUUUCAGUGACUGGCUUCACUACGACUUUGGAAAACUUACUAUCACAGACAUAAAUGGAUCAAUAGAGAUGUGGCACAACCAACUUGAAGUUGACCUCCUUUACCAAGUGAGAUUCAUGUUGGUCCAAUUUUGCGGGAAAUUAUCAAAUGUGAUCUUGUUGAAUUUAAUGCAAAGACUACCAUAUCUAGAACGGCUGAAGGUAUGGUGGUGUGAUUCACUGGAAACAAUAUUUGACUUCCAAGGGUCGGUAUGCGCUAGUAUUACUGUUGUGAGACCAACAUCAAUCGUUCAGUUAGAAGAUUUGAAAUUGAUGUAUUUGCCCAAGUUGACGCAUAUAUGGAAGAAUGUUUCUCAACAAACUCAUUAUUUCAAAAAGCUAAGGUCACUAGAAGUGGAGAGGUGUGACAACUUGAGAUAUAUAUUCACGAUUUCCAUGGUCAAGGUCCUUGUGUAUCUAAAUUAUGUAGGAAUUGGAAAUUGCGAGAAAAUAGAAAAGAUUGUUACCACGGAAGAAGAAGAAGAAGAAGAAGAAGAAGAAUAUGGUGAUGAUGAAAGGGGCAAAAUCCGUUUUGUCAGUGUGGAACUUGAAAAUCUUCCGAAUCUUGUGUGUAUUGGAGUUCCAAAAUCACAAAUUCAUAUCUCCAAAUUGCGCGUAAAUUUCUGCCCCAAGUAUCGAGGUUAUAAUGUGGAAGGGGAGUAAUAUUUACCAUUUACUGCGGUGGGUCGCCAAUCUCUUUACAAAAAAGGUGAUUUAUUGGGUAUGCUUUUCUUUAUAAAGAAGUUGGAGAAAUAGAUAUUGGCCCUAUUUAUGAAGAAACCAAGGCUACAAGGUGUUCUUAUAUAUGAAGAACUGUUUAGUUGUUAUGAUUACAUUUUAUCUUUGUAUAAGUUACGUGUCAUCUCAUUGGUUGGGUUGAUUGUGCUGGCAUAGCUUUCUGUGUGUGGUAUAACUGGAUUGACUUUAUUAUAAACCAUGUAAUAAUUUGUGUGUGAA